AAAUUAAACGUGGCGUUCAAAACUUAAAGGGAGCAAAGCCUCUCUUUCUCUCUCUCUCUCUCUCUCUCUCACUCUCUCUCUCCCGCACCAUAUUCAGAUCAACUGCCCACCAUAUUUUUGAAAAAUUAACCUCUAGUCUAUAAUUUCCCAAAACCGAAGGAAAAGCGUCGCAAAGGUCGAACGAAAUUCAUUCAUGGAAGCAAUCAGGAAACAGGCUACGAAGCUACGGGACCAGGUCGCUAAGCAACAGCAUGCUGUGUUCAGACAAAUUGCUGGUCGUUCAGAUAAUGUCAUUACUGAUGAAACAGAACUUCAACAGCAUAAAAGACUUGAGAGGCUGUACAUAUCAACUCGUGCUGGCAAGCAUUACCAAAGAGAUAUUGUCCGUGGUGUGGAAGGUUAUAUAGUUACGGGGUCUAAACAAGUUGAAAUAGGUACCAAGUUAUCAGAAGACAGCAGGAAAUAUGGCGUUGAACAAACUUGCACAAGUGGGGACACACUCUCCAAAGCUGCAGUUAGUUUUGGAAGAGCUCGUGCUCAAAUGGAAAAAGAGCAUGGAGUUUUUCUGAAAACCCUUGGAACCCAGGUUGCGGAGCCUUUAAGGGCAAUGGUAUUGGGAGCUCCUUUGGAGGAUGCUCGACAUCUUGCUCAACGAUAUGAUAGAAUGCGACAGGAAGCCGAAGCUCAGGCUAUUGAUGUAUCGAGACGCCAAACAAAGGCUAGGGAAUCCGCAGGUAAUGCUGAUUUUAUAAUGAAGCUAGAAGCUGCUGAAGCCAAGCUUCAGGAGUUAAAGGCAAACGUGGCAACAUUGGGUAAGGAUGCUGCUGCUGCAAUGUCCACAGUGGAAAGUCAGCAGCAGCGGUUUACUCUUCAGCGUCUUCUUGCAAUGGUUGAAGCUGAGCGCAAUUAUCAUCAGAGAAUCCUCCAGAUACUUGAUCAGCUUGAAGGCGAGAUGUUGUCAGAGCGCCAAAAGAUUGAAUCAUCACCUAGUCCAUCUGCAUGUAUGCCUCCACCACCAUCAUAUGAUGAGGUCAGUGGUAUCUUUGUUUCUGAAACCUAUGAUGGGUCAACGGACAAUACGGACUAUUUCUUAGGAGAGGUUAUGUAUUCAUUUCAAGCUGUAACUGAUGUGGAGUUGAGUCUGUCAAUUGGUGAAUACGUCAUUGUGCGAAAGGUAUCAAAGAAUGGCUGGGCUGAAGGUGAAUGCAAGGGAAAGGCAGGUUGGUUCCCAUCAAAUUACGUAGAAAAGCGUGAACGUGUUCUUGCAAGCAAGGUGGCUGAGGUCUUUUAAACGAAAUGAAGUUUUGCUCUACUCAGCAUUUGUAUGUGCCCUGCCCUUGAAUCUCCAUGCAGCAGUACUAACCUCUCUUUGUAGGCAUUGGAAAGUUUUAGCUCUAUCAAGCCUUGUACAUCUGCAAAAAUUGUUUGUACCGAUUAUAUAUGUCAACGUAUUUAUAGUAUAAAUGACACAUGCUUGGUUGUCAAUUAAUUUUAUUCUUUUGGAGAUUUAUCCCCCAUACGUUGUGUCAAUAUCUUAAUUGUUACAGAACCAAAAGGCUAUAGACGUAAUUUUCUUUGUGUUUAGUAAA